GUUGAUCUACGAAAGAACAAGUUGUCUAUAGAAGGUUGAAGAAGUCUAUGCUUUUCUGCCAUGCCUGCUCGCUGCUGCUCCUUCUUGCGGGAAGAGGGGCAGCAGCGGGCUCGGAUCGUCCCCGGCUUGCUUUUCUCACAGACCGUCUGAAGCAGUUCGCACACGAAAAUGAGGCGCUACUCAAGGAAGAAGAGCAGGUAGGAGCCACGGGCCAGCAGCACGUAGCUGGAGCAGCAGGACGCGCCGUCCAAGCGAACAAGGACCAAAGCAGUGCGCUGCUACAUUCGGUGGUCGGACACCGCUUGUAUUUGUUUCGCUCCACUAGUACCCCCUCCUCUUCCGAGGACCAGGGUGAGGUGCAAGUGAAGAUCCCGAUCGAAAUCCCGGAGUUUUUGCAAAAAAGUGGACAUGUGGAACGCGCAAAGCUCCGCGCCGCUGCGCGAAUAGUGCGGGCCGAAAGCACAGCAGGCCGUGCGUUCGAGGUGGUCGUGCAGGAAGUAGAGAGCGAUGCAGCGAGACUGCAGGAGCGUGAAGAUGUUUCGUCCACGAAGCACCGUGAUGAAACCAAGAUUCGCCAGCGCUCAGGUCCUGCCAUGGAUGAACCUGUGUUGAAGACAUCAGGCAAAGCUAAAAAAUCCCAGGCAAGUAGUGGCCCAAUUACCGUUGUGAGAAGGCUAGGAGCAGGGCCAGAAGGGACGACGCCCGGGGCACGACCCUCCGUACUGGUGCCUGCGAGCAAAGUGCUGGCCGGAAAGCGAAAGACAAACAAAUCUUCACCCGUCCAUCAGUUGCAUUCUCACGAAGGAGCGGGCAGCAUGAAAACAGAAGCGGCCAGCGGCGGGGACGCCGAUCACUCCUCGGACACAGGCGACUCUCAAGAUCUGAACUCUGAGCUGGGUGCGGCGGUGGAAGCAAGUAGAGACGGAGCCGUCGCGGAAAAUUUAGACGACGCGUCUGGCGACGAGAUGGAAGAUUUGCAAGCCACGUCUUCUCAACAUCUUCCCGAUCCAGACCAACAGCGAGGCGAAGAAAUCGAAGAAAAUGUCCUGAAUACCUCUCCAGAUAGCUUUGGUUUGUCCGAACAAGCGGACUCUGCAUCCACAGCAACACACCUAGGAGGCGGAGGCCAACAACUGCACGGCGAGAAUUUUCGAAGAAAGGUGUUCGGCGGACUCCAACACAAGAAGGAUUCUUCACCUGGCUCGCUAGCUUCAUCGGAUGAACCCCGCCAAGAUGAAGAACUGCGACUGUUGCAACGAGUUGGUGACAGCAACGAGGAAAUAAAGGAAGGAGAUGAAACGCUGUUGCAGCUAGCGACACUCUCUUGGGCCGACAAGGUGGAGACAACGGGAUGGGCAGAAUUGCAUGCGAGUAUCCCGGAGGAGGGCAUGGCCAACGCGGAUCUGAGCAUGUACAUGGCUGGCUAUCUCGAAGUAUCAAAUGUAAAAAUGUCUGGGUCUGGAAGAAUGUAACUUGUGAUGCGCAUUUCAGAACACAGAAACAUCUCUCAUGCGUAGGUAGCAAAAGCUGCCCAGUUUCUGUCACCAAACUGGGGGAUUUUUCAUGCGGAUUUGGCAUUGCGGAAGCUUCUCGAGACCUGUGAUGCUAGAGCUUCCAUGCCAGACCUUCUGUGUCAUGCAAAAAUAGCAUGACUCUUCCAGACCCAGACAUUUUUACAUUUGAUACGAAGGUCUAGCGUCCACGGAGCGCAUAAUGCAGUUUCGACACAACGCCAACGCGGCCUUGGCAAAAUCGGAUACCGACCACCACGCGCUACCGAACAUUCGCGACAUGUUCCGCCAGAAAAUCGACAACAUUCUGAAGAACUCGGCACUGCUCCCGCCCGAGAGUGGUGGGCACCCAGAUUCGGAACAACUCGGUGAGAAGCGCAGCGUGACGGGUUUGGUGACAACUCUCCAUGAUGCGGUCCAGGAUCAUACAACAAAUCGUCCCGCACCACCAGCCCCUCUUCAAGAAAGGCGAAGCGAAGUAGGAGGGCAGCGAAGCAAGAAGCAGCAGAACAACUUCUGGCAGCAGGCGAGGUAUGCCUUCUUUCAGUUGUUGGGUAUCCGGGAUGCCUUUAACCGGCGGCGGCCGACAAGCGAACCCGCAAUGUCACUUGUGGACCUCAUCCUGCUGAAUAGCGACGGCGAGACGCCGGAGCUUGAAACUGCGUACGACAUGCAAGAGUAUUUGAUGCGCCAGGACACUCUGCAAGAACAGGAAGCAGAGGAGCAAAAAAAAUCCUCCUCCGAAACCGGCGGGGGAGAUGAAACGAAGGACAACGAAGAUGGGGAAAAACCGGUGAAGUUGGCAAGCGGAGCCCUGUCCCCGUCCCUGGUCAUGCUGCAGACAAGUACGAGUAUUGCGCCACUACGCCGCCGAGGAUCAUUGGCGUCGUCAUUUCUCGCACGGACAAAACAGCUGCGCGCGAAGCAACUCGCUGCCCGCCGUUCGCGAAAUAAGAAGGCGCUGGACGAGAGAGCCUGGCAACGUAUCCAGCGCCGGGGAGGCCGCUGCUCCGCCCUGGUGCGGCUGACCGACAACAACCUGUUCGUCGGACACACGGUAGGGAACAAAAACUGUAACGACCAUCACUAAAUCAUGAAUCGCAAUUCUCGAUUAACUAUUUCUCUGGAAUGACAAAAUUACUUUUAUUGAGUGGGAUAACAAAUCAAAACUUUCCAAAACUAAUAUGUUUCGCGGCCGGAUGGGGAUGGCUAUGGCAUGCAUGCUCCCCAGUCGAGCCGCCAGCUUGUGUCAGCGGUUUUCGCUGAUCGUUUUUUGCUCGAUCACUCCUCGAAAAAUGUAAAGGGUGUCUAAAGCAGCCUGACCGUCCUGCGUUUCACAUACUUUGUUUUGCAGGAACUCAAUGCAGCAAUCUAUCAUGUUGCUGGUGGUCUCAUUUUUAUUUUCUUGGAUGCAUGACGUUUUCCGACUACUCCGAGAUGCUGCGCGUGUUUAAGUAUUAUGACUUUCCGCUGCCGGGCUCGAAAGCACGCACCAUUGGGUUUUCAAGCUACCCCGGGAUCGCGGGCAGCACCGACGACUACUACGUAACCUCGGCUGGAUAUCGAGGAAAGAAAUAGUGUUGGUGUAAGUUUGUGAUGCGCAACAGUAGUUGCAGCUGUCAAGCUCGGCAUGCAUAAUUCAAUUAUGCAUGCCGAGCUUGACAGCUCGGCAUGCAAUUAUUGCAUGUUGGUCCUCCAUUCAGACGCGUUUUUAUGAUACAAUCUGCGCAUGACAGGUUUUGCCCUCAUAAUUUUCCAGACAGAUUUGUAUGGCUGUUCCUGCAAAACGAAAAUAAAAGACACCUCCAAUCUUUUUUUCUUGGAUAUUGGACUGGCCGUCACGGAGACCACGAUCUCCCUGCUCAGCGACGAGCCCUACGACAAAAUCGACGACAAGUUCGGCGUGCCCGAUUUUCUGCGCAUAAUGGUCGCGAAUCGCGUGGCGGGCAGCGGUCCCGAGUGGAUUGAGAGCAUGGAGAGCUCGAAAACCGGCACCUACAGCAGUCAGUGGAUGGUUGUCGACACGAAGAAAUUCACGAAAACUCGUGGCGGCCUCGGCCCAAAGCACGGGACCCGCGGGACAGCGUUAGUACCGACGAGCUCCUCGAGCCUAAUGAGGAAUAAACUUGAUGUUGCGCCCCGCUCCACAACUGCUAAAAAUUCGCAGAGUGGCAAGAAAGCCAAGGGCAGUCAGAAAAAGCACAUCUUCGAAAGUGGCGAGAGAGUAAAUGGCUCAGGAGCAGGAGGAGGACUGUUGAUGGUCUUAGACCAGGCACCGAACGCCUCGCACAGUGCAGACAUGACCAUGACCCUGCGGAACCAGGGGUAUUGGGCCAGCUACAACCGUCCCUGGUUUGCGGACGUGCGGGAGUAUCUCUCAGAAAAGUAUUUUUUCACCCAUGCGAUGCCAGAAAGACAACAUUUUUUUGUGUCUGAUGAAUUCCUGCUGCACUAAAAACUCUGCAAUGCGGAGACCAGCACAAGAGAAGUGUCAUACAGAAUCCAGCUUGUCAUGCUAGUGUGCGACUGGAAGGAGAAUUUGAGGCUCCAAAAAAGUUUAUCAUGCUGAACAGCCAACAGCAAAACCCACAACACAAGCUUUACCUUUUUUUUGUGGUAUAAAUGGGUGUACUAGUACUUUUCUGUAGAACAGGAAGAAGUUGGGCCUGGACGAGGCAGAGGAAAACCAUUAUCCUGUUUGAAAACGUCCCCACUCCAUAUUUGUCAUGCAAAUUUGCAUAUUAGAGCUCAUGAUGUUUCUCCAUGUUGAGGUCGCCGAAAGUGCUUCCUCGCCCACCCCCCGCGAGGGGUGGUUUUUCUACUUGUGCACUUCCCAUCUUCGCUAUAAUGGGCUGGGGACGUUGUUCUUUUUUCACAGGAUAACCACGGCCGCAUCUUUAGCCGGGACCGUGCGCCCCGAGCCAACAUCUUUCGCGCGACGGCCAAGCGCGUAAAGACCCUGGAGGACAUGCAGAACGAGAUGCAGCGCAACCGGUGGCCAAACGAGGUCGAUGGCGGGGAGCGCAACACGCCGGACCACGCUAUCGCCGCGCGGAGCGACCUUGGCGGGGGUGGCGUGGCCAACGGCGCCGUUGAUAGUAAGGUCGCGGACGUGGCAAUGCUGCGGAAACUGCAGGUGCUCGCUAUCAGCGGUCCCACGACGGACCAGCAUCGGCUGCAGCCCUUCUCCUGGAUAUUCCACGUAAAAAAAGCUUCCUCGCGAGGACGCCAUCAGUCUGUCAUUCGUAUAUACAACUCGGCGUACAAGCAUGCCGCAGUACGAGCUGUGCGGCCGCCCCAUCUGUAGUUGUACACGCUCCAAUAUUCGUCCUCUGUCAUGCAAGACCAAGAUCGUUAAGAAAGCUUGAGGAGGUCAUUGCUGUGGUUGUGGUUGACUUAUUUCACACGAACACUAAACUAUGCAGUUUCGGAUGCAUAGUUAGAACUCAGGUACGAAUGAGAAGCGAUGGUGAUUUUACGAUGGAUAGGGGAAAAAGGAUUCCCUCAACAACGAGCUCUACCUGCACGAGGGACUGCCGGACACCUUCGAUUUCGACUGGCAACGGAUGCUUCCUUAAGAGGAACAGCGCAACCAUUUGUAGCAUGGAAUUUAUUGUGUCACCAUUGUCAUUGUCUUUUCCGGGUUUCGAUUUGAUGAAUCAAAAAUAGUGUUUAACACGAAAUAGAAGAAUAAAAGUAAGCUGUGGAUCACGUAAGAGAAAGAUGCUGGUGCAUCAGCAUCAACAUCUUCAUGAUGAUAACCGUGGGAGGUCUGUUCUUGUCCAGGAAAUUAU